AUGCGCACGCUCAUCCGUCUGGUGGAACUUGAGGUGCAGACCGCAGUCCAUCAGGCUGUCGCCCUUCCUUGGUCCGGGCCGCUCGCGGACUCUCGGGUGUCCCUCCCGUGGCCGCCGUGCCGCACCCUGCAGGUCUGGCUGAAGCGAAGUGUAACUUGCAAAGUCCAGGCUGAGCAUCGCAGACAGCUUGGCUUAGUAGGCGGGACACCAGCCGUCGUGCUCCAGGAUUCGGGUGGUGAUAGUGGACUGGAUGGGUUAGGAGGACCAGGCAUACAACUAGGAAGCCCCGAUAAGAAAAAACGAAAGGCAAGUACACAGGGACCCUCUCUGCUCCCGCUGUCCGAGUAUGCUCCACCACCAAACCCGAACUCUGACCACCUAGUGGCUGCUAACCCAUUUGACGACAACUAUAACACCGUUUCCUAUAAGCCACUGCCUUCCUCCAACCAGUAUCUGGGCCCCGGGUAUCCCGGCUUUGGGGGGUACAGCACGUUCAGAAUGCCACCUCACAUCCCGCCGAGAACCAGAAUGUCCUCCCCAUACUGUGGCCCUUACUCACUCAGGAAUCAGCCACACCCAUUUCCUCAGAAUCCCCUGGGCCUGGGUUUUAAUCGACCUCAUGCUUUUAACUUUGGGCCACAUGAUAAUUCAAGUUUUGGAAAUUCAGCUUAUAGUAAUGUACUAAAUCAGAAUGUUAAUAUGCCUAAUCAACAUUUCAGACAAAAAUCCACUGAAAACUUUGGUCAGAUGCCCCCACAGAAUGCUAGCCAAGUAUCUAACCCUGACUUGGCACCUAAUUUUGUUCCUGGAAACAAUUCAAAUUUUGCCUCUCCGCUAGAACCGAAUCAUUCUUUUAUUCCACCCCCAAACACGUUUGGUCAAGCAAAAGCCCCUCCUCCAAAACAAGACUUCAUCCAAGGAACAACCAAAACCCCCAAUCAGAAUGCAUCUGCACAUCCCCCUCACCUGAAUUUGGAUGACACGGUGAACCCCAGCAAUAUGGAACUAAAAAGCGUGACGCGAAACAGUGCGGCCAAGCAGGAGAACAGCCGCGCGAGCAGCGCGGAGAUCGCUGUAAAAGUCACCUCUGCAUUCUCCAGCGUCUAG